GAGCGGGGCUGUUUGAGGCGAAUCGGAUUGAAGCUGAUCAAGGCGCCUGUAUUAUUUCAGCAUCCAUAAUACAUGUAAUCAUAUUAAACUGAUUGUGAUAAGCUGAUUAUGAGGGAAAGUGACAACAGUGUCACUACUCAUCAGGGAUUUCCGCACAGUCCUCUUUCCCCGAUAGUAAGUUUGCACCACAAAGUAGGAUUAAUAAAAGGGAUGUUCUGCAACUUGUCUAUCACAUCCAAUUUUAGGAUAGGACUAAAUCCGCCUUCUUCCGUAUAUAAGUAGGUCGUCGUUCCGAACAAAAGAAAUAAAACAAUGGGCCACUUGACGUCCAAUAAAAAUAGUUCACAGCAUGGAAAGCAAACUGUGAGGUAAACGAACUUUUGUAGUCUCAUCUUGCAUGAAUAUGGGCGGGACAGUGAACUCAAUAGGUCAAACAUCCAGUGCAGUAAGUAAUAAUAUACACCUGAUCUGAUGACAACAACGGCACGCGGCGCGGCACGUACGUCGUCCGUGUAGUCGUACAGUUGCUAGCGCUAAGCACCAGCUAGCAACACGUACACGAAAUCAGGGGUCUGAUUCGGCUAAUGAUUCGAUCAAGGCCUAUUUAGUAAUAAGAAAGAAGCCAUUCAAAGUCAGCAAUCAUGAAGAUGACAUGGCCUAAAAUUUUCGGCUCUUCGUCGGAGGACAAUUCGUUGCCACUUUACGAUGCGUCCACCGUGGCAGGGCUUCAGCGAUUCUUUGGACUAUAUCCUGCACCAACAUUGGCGGAGAACGGAAUUCACUCAGUGGCCAACGGGACGAGUAACGACCAAUGCGCGGCGGGAAGCCAGGGGCCUACCGAAAAUGGCACCGUGGGGUCGGCAGGGGCUGAACACAACGGCACGGUGGUCGGAGCCGGGGUUGGGGCCAGGGCUGGGGCUAAACCGAAGUGCUACAUUGUCCGUAACAAGUGGUGGUUCCACCUGUUUUCCAUGGGGGCGAUGCUCGGUGACGACGUGUUUUAUUUCAUGAUUUUUCCCAUGGCAGUAGCAAAUCUAUCGUGGUGGGCCACCCGUCGUAUGUUCAUCCUUUGGGGCAUCUGCAUGUACAUCGGGCAGGCCAGCAAAGAGUUGUUGAAAUGGCCACGGCCAAGUGAGCCGCCAGUUGUGCGCUUGGAGAGACGGUACUUCAUGGAAUACGGUAUGCCCUCCACUCAUGCUAUGGUCGGUACAUUGAUGCCCUUCACAUAUUUGGCAGCUACUUGGAAUCAUUAUGAGUAUUCGCAUACUCUCGGUACCCUGUUGGCCUGUUCUUGGACUCUGCUGGUGUGCUUCAGUCGGCUCUACAAGGGAAUGCACUUCAUCCUGGACCUUGUUGUAGGCGUAACCUUAACCGCUGUUCUGAUGCUGCUCAUCUGGCCCUGGUUGGAUGUGAUUGACCACUUCCAGCUGACCCAUCCCCAGGCUCCAUUGGUCAUCAUCUCUACAGCCGUGUUCCUGUGCAUCUGCUACCCCAGCCACAACGGUGUGGCGGCCACACGAGCUGACACCAUCACCAUACUUGGCUCGGUCUCGGGGACCUUAUGUGGCUUCUGGCUCCUCCAUCGCGCAGGGAUGGUGCCCGAUGUUGUAGAGCCCCUGGGUGGGGUCAUCGCCUGGCCUGGGUUGGGCGUGGCCGGGGUGAUGUUCCUGAAGUACGCCUUUUGCCAGGUACUGGCACUCGCGGUGUACCUGUCCACCAGGGCACUCCUCCUGCAGGCCAUUCCUGUCGUCUUCAAUACUGAAAUCAAUGAGAACACCAAGAAGUUGUUGUUUGUGGAGCUGCCAUAUCGCUACAUCACCUUUCUAGUCCUGCUUUUCAGUACAUACACCAUUUGCCCUGUUGUGUUUGCCAAGUUAGGCGUAUAGUAACGUCUGUUUUUUGAAAGAUACAUUUCACUGAGAAACGAAUUAACCAUUCAAAUUAAUACGAAUUAUUAAUUCUUCUCAAUUCAUGAAAAUGAAAUAAAACUGCUUCAAACUGCUUACUGACUGGAUUGAACUGAAAAUACAAACCAACAAUUUUAAAGGGCCUAACGUUGGAUUCUAGCAGGACCUUUUUCAGAGGCAGAAUGACAGGGAUACAGAAACAAAAAGCAAGGGACACAAAAAGAAGCAUUCACGGGUGGAAGGGGAAACACAUUUCAGUCAAUAUACAGGCUUGCACAAAAUGACAUGUCUACUGGCCCUGUUGGAACCACUGUAACUUAAGACCCUCACAGGACAGGUUUUCUGAAAAUGUACCUGAAAUUGAAAAUAAAUCCGGGUGUGAAGUUAUGACAUGGGGGCCCACAGAUCUGCACAAAUAAUCUGAAAACUGUUUUCUGCAGUCCUUCAGUCAUAACCAGAAUAUCACCGAUACAAAGGCUCUAGUCGGGUUACAUUGCAUUUUUUUUUUUCGAUUGAAGCAUGAAACUCGGUGAUUUGAACUGUGUGAAUCGAACGUGUGUAUCAUAUUCAAAAAAUCUGGGUGGUUUUUUUCAUCACAGAUAUCUUUCAAUUCUCCUUGAAACUUUGGUAAAUGCAGAUUACGUAUUUAAAGUAUAACAAAGAAAAUAUAAAAUUUUGAAAAUCAAUGCAAAAUUAAUAUUUUAAAACUUAUAUUUUACAUGUACCUUCAUUAUAUACUUUGAACCAUCGAUAAGGAAUUCUGGUGCCUCGGUAUAACAUUUGUGAAACUGAAUGAAUGCCUUUUUUUCACGAAUGGAUUCGCGUAGUUCUUUGCGUCACAAACUAGCAGUACUAAGAGUUCCUGACAAAAGAUUCUGUUUGGGGAAGUACUUUCCUUUGUAUUUUUGUUUUGUAUUUUUAUUUUAUGCCCCCGGCACUUUCGAUAGGAAAUCUAUACCAGACAUUUUCCCGCCAAUGUGAUACUGGCUUUUUCUUUGUACUUGAACUGGAUUGGAACCAAGCAUGAUAUGUACAUGUACACCUUUAUAGUAGUGACUAGUGGAAUGAGGGUUGUGGUAGGUCGGGUAACAAAUCAUUGACAACAUUCAGAGUGAAUAACAUUCUAUUUUUGGCAAAGUCACCCAACAUAAGAUAGAAUCACAUUAAGUCAUUACAUAAACAAUGAGACUCUGACUUGAGUUCUUUGUAAAUGAAAAGACAUACGGCUUAAAGGGUAUUUUUUAAUAGUGCUUUAUAUACAUGGAUAAGGGUUAAGGUUCACCUUGAAUUGAGGCCGAAUGUCAUGGAUCUCAUAAAACUUAACAGUCCAUGAUUACACUAAAACAAAGUGCCUGCGACAAGCGGUAUAUUCAUCGCACAACAUUUUGUCAAGACGUUUGUGACAGGUUACAAGUUACCUUGAUACUUAAAGCCGUCUUAGAUUCACCUUUUAUGUUCAGGUUCUUAUACUAGAAUUCUCAAAAAAUGUGUGCAUUUAGUCUCAAGGGAAUGUGUUCAUAGCAAUUCUAGUCAAAAGACUAUGUUGUUUUCGUUUUCUCUUAACUUAAUUGUGUUCAGUACGUUCCUCGCGAAAUUGAUUUGUAAAUGAAAAGAAAAGUUGUACAUUUGGAGAAUACAAGAGCUUACAAUCGCUGUCUAUUCCUCUUGCACGUAAAACUGUCCAUGACAUUUUCUAUAUUACAUUGUGUUUAAAUGUAUUCUUGGCUUACGGUUUUUACGUAUAAAAAUAUCUCAUUAGUAUGCUUUGACGCUCUGAAAGGCUAGUUGAAAGGGGCUCAACUUUGUUGAAUCCAGCGUGACACUUUUCUCCUUAUACGUGUUCUAUAUUCUGUACAACACGGGGUCAAGUUUACUUACCUGUCCAAUAUCUGUUACAUUAUCACGCUAAUGAAGACACAGUGGACCCAAAAGUGGCCAACCAGUCUUGAUAAAAGAAGAGGUUGGGUCAUAGGUCUGCUGCUGUUUGAAAUGCGUGUGUGAUGUUUAUUGGAAGGUAUUUCAAAACUAAGCGUAUAUGGCAGAGCUCUUCGUAUUAUAUUAUAGAUUACUGUUUAUUUUACCAACGGUAAAGUCUGUUCUUAGAGUUUGGACCUUUUCAUGAAUUAUCCUGCUCGAUUUGUUUUAAUUUGAUUUCAAAGAGUGUACAUGUAAAUGAAUAGAAAUCUAGAUUAUUUUGUGCUUUCAUGCCUUUCGGUUGCCUACACGUAAUACAGCCAGCCACCCGGCCUUUUCCCGUGUUUUUAGUUAAUAUAUACUUUUAACCCACCAGUAUUUGAAGUGAUCUGUGUUAUAUAGCCUAAGCUUAAGACUAGUUUGCCCAGUUUUCCCAAGUGAUAAACGGUGUCACGUGACCGAAACAUUCCAUUUUUUUCUCAAGUGCGACAUGGUCUGUUACUUGUCAGUGAAUCGUGAUUUUACAUGAAGUGUUGCAGCUGUUGUUUGAUGUAUUAUAGUUCAGUGUUGUUUAUUUUCUGUAUUAAGCAUUAUCUGUGAUGCUAAGAAAAAUCAAAAUGACCAAAAUGGUCAUGUCAGGGUUUAAUUACAUAAAAUUAUGUUUUGCAUACAAAAGCCAUGUCAUGUAUGAUGUAUAUGAAAAGAAAAGACCGGCAUGUUUUAGAGUUGCUAGUUCUCACGAUGGCGCCAAGUAUAGACUUACUGUAUCAGCAUCAGCAAUCAACAGUAGCAAAUAUAAUACAACGCAGUGCAGACAUGAGUCAAUCGACUGCAUUUAGAAAACUGGGUCCGAUAAACAAUCGAUGACGCAUGCAGUUUUGGCUGAUAUGGAUCAUUGUCACGUGCUGCCCAAUUGAAAUUCACACAAUUCGAAAGAGAAUAAAUAUCCUUUUCCGGCAAAAGUCACAAUGAAACGGUUCUGUUGGCGUUGUCAAAUUCGCUCAGCUUUCGCUUUCACUAAUAGUGCGAUCCAACCGUAAUUUGGAACCAUGACAGUGUAAUUAUGACAGUUGAUGUGUUUGAUCUUGAGCAUAUGUUUUAUGAUUUUCGUUUCGAAAGUCUGUCGGUACAUUUACAUGACUUUGUGAGUAGUUUUGUUGCAUUAAUCCAAGGACACCAGUUUGCACUGGAUUAUGCCUGCAUUCAUGAGCAGUCUAUGAAUAUAUAGGCCUACAACAUGAAUAUGCUAAUUCAGUUCAGGUAUGACUCUAUGUGUUUGCAUCGCGUUUAGUAAUGGUGCGUGUAUGAGUGUUGCCAUCAGCACGAAGGCCCCCGUUGGGAAUCAAUGCAAUUUUUUAUAUUUUUUUUUAUAUUUGGUGCUCAUGGAUAUUACCAUAUUUUAUUUUGAAAUCACGUUUUGUGGACUCGUAGCCUAAUGAGUGAUUGAUUAUAUAUGUCAACAUUGGUCUCCAUGGUUCAAAUUUUUUUCUGUGGUUUAUUACAUUUUAAAGAAAACAAAACAUAGUUGGGUUUCUGUAUGCUUCAAUUUAACGGCUUUGCGCGUUAUUGCAGGUCUGAUCUGAGCCUAUAUAGUAAGCUCGUUGACACAGUGCUGGUUUUUGUAUAUGACCCAAUAUUUCGAGGACAGAAAGCAAGGAAUUGAAUACUGUUUCCGUGUGCAUGUCAUACUAUACAUGUAGUACACGUACAACUACAAGGCAUUCAGUGACCCAUGCACAGGUCAUGAUAUUCGUUUUCUGUCAUAAUAAGUGUAUUGGUGAAGAAAGAACCAGACGAUUGUGUCAAUGUACACAUUUUCUAUUAUGUUUCAGAUUAGUUGAGAUGUAUAUUAUUGUAGGUAUUGUAAAUUACUCAGGUAAACAUUAGAGAAAAGUUACUAAAUCAGUACAUAUGAUUUAUAUAUAUUUGAAAACGGAAACAAAAGAUGCGAAAUCGUAAAAAUACAUAAUAUAAAUCGACGUAUUUAUAGUAUAGAACGUUGUGCAGUGAUACAUGCAGUGAUGUGUUCUGUGAUAUUUACCUUAAGAGCUCGAUUGCUGAAUAUUUCAGUAAAGGACGGUUCUGAGAAAGUGAAAA